GGGGAUGCGACGGCGGGGUGCGGGAUUCGGGAUGCGGGAUUCAGGACGCGGGAUUUGGGAUUCGGGAUUUGGGAUGCGGGGGUAGAAGCGGGCUGCGGAUCCCGCCCUCCGCAGAGCCGGGAAGGAGCCGCUGGAGCGGGAAUGCUCAGGCCGGGAGCCGCAGAACAGCGCAGCCCGGAGGGAGAAGGGUGGAGGGCGCUGCGCUGUUUUCCAGAGGAAAUCCUGGAGCAGAAAGUUGCGCCGCGUUUAUUUUUUCACUGAAAGCCUGCGGCACAGGGAUGCAGGAGAGGGGAAAGAUCCUGCGUGUCCAUCCUUGCUUUGUCUUUUGCUUUAAAAGCUCCGGAUCUUCCCGGUCAUCUGAUCCAGGUCAAGUAGGACUUUCUGUUGGCAACGGAUCCCACCGGAGCAUCUUCCCACAGCGGCUUCUUUCCCCUGGCAGGAAGUAGUGAGGCUCCUUCAGUCCCUGGAAUACUGAAAGGUUGACCCCAUCGCCGCUGCUCUUCCGUCCAUGGAUCACCUUCCUCCAUGAGCACGAACACCGAGCAGCUCUUGGCAGCUGGAAUCCCCCUCUGGAGCAUCUCCAGUUGGGCCAGCUCUGAGCCACCCCCCAACAGCAGCAUGGCAGCGGCGGCGGCGGCAGCAGCGGGAGAGGCCGGCCGGCCCCCGGCCGCCCCGGAGCACGGCGGGAGCGCGGCAGAGAUCGCGGGCAUGGUGGUGCUGCAGUGCAUCUACGGCCUGGUGUGCCUGCUGGGGCUGCUGGGCAAUGCGCUGGUCAUCUUCGUCAUCCUGCGCUAUGCCAAGAUGAAGACGGCCACCAACAUCUACCUGCUCAACCUGGCAAUCGCCGACGAGCUCUUCAUGCUCAGCGUGCCCUUCGUGGCCACGGCAGUGGCGCUGCGGCGCUGGCCCUUCGGACACGCGCUCUGCCGGACCGUGCUGGGCAUGGAUGGCCUCAACAUGUUCAGCAGCGUCUUCUGCCUUACCGUGCUCAGCCUGGACCGCUACAUCGCCGUGGUGCACCCGCUGCGCGCCGCCUCCUACCGCCGCCCGCGCGUCGCCAAGCUGGUCAACGGCGGCGUCUGGCUGCUGGCGCUGCUGGUGGCCUCACCCAUCCCGGUGUUCGCCGGCACGGCGGUCACCCGCGAUGGCCACGCGGUGGCCUGCGACCUGCUGUGGCCCAGCCCGGCAUGGGCCACCGCCUUUGUGGUGUACAGCAGCGCGCUGGGCUUCGUGUUGCCCGUGGUGGCCAUGGCGCUGUGCUACCUGCUGCUGGCCGGCAAGAUGCGCGUGGUGGCGCAGGGCGUGGGCUGGCAGCAGCGCCGGCGCUCCGAGGGCAAGCUGACGCGCCUGGUGGUCACCGUGGUGGCCAUGUUUGUGGUGUGCUGGCUGCCCUUCUACGUGGUGCAGCUGCUGGAGCUGCUGCUGCCCGGCCACCUGGAUGCCAGCGCACACAACGCUUCGCUGCUGCUCAGCUACUCCAACAGCUGCGCCAACCCCAUCCUCUAUGGAUUGCUCUCCGAGAACUUCCGCAACUCCUUCCACGGCGUGCUGCGCCGCUGCCGCAGCGCCGGCCUGUGCUGCUGCCACACCACCGAUGGGGACGGAGGGGACAGUGAGGACGAGGAGGAGCCGCUGGAUUACUGCGCCGCGCCCCGCGGGGACACCAAGGGCUGCGUGUGUCCCCCCAUGCCCUGCCAGCAGGACCCCCUGCGUCCCCAGCCCUGCUGCGCACCUGGGGCCCUCCUCCCCAAAACCACCCCCUUCUAGGGGACCCCAAAGUUGGGGAUGAAAGGGGAUGCCAGAUGGAGAGGGCCUGUGAUGCCGGAUCGGAUUACUGGUUGCGCUGUGCUGCUCUCCAAAAUAAAAAGCCAUAAGACUGGCCUGGGAUGGAGCAAGUUCCAUGGAUGGAGUGGUAAUUGCCAUUAUUCCAGCAUCUAGCAGCCUUCACUGGGGAUUGGGAGAAUCCCAAAAUGUUAUGGAGCACAUGGCCCUCCUGAUUAAUAAAUAAUAAAUUCCCAUUUCUUCCCAAGAGACGAGGAGACACCAGAAAAAAUCCCAAAGCCCGUCAGCUCUACUGCAUCUACAGCAGAAUGAGAUCCUACCAUACACACCUCCCUCCCCAAAAAUCUCAAGAUUUUAGCACACCCAGGACAAAAUUUCCACCAAAAAAUACAAAAACCAAAAGCCUGGACAACCAAAUUUUGGUGAGCUUGGAACCCCAGGGUGAGGAACAGCACAUGGAGGUCCCAUGGAGUGAGCCACUUCCAGCUUAUUUGGGGUUUAACUUUGUCCUUGGAAUAGUAUUGGUGUUGUCCAUUAUUUAUGGCCCACUCCUUCCAUUUAAUCCCACCACGGAAGUAACCAGCCAGGAACGUUUUCAUCCCUGUGCUGCCCUGAAUGCUCCUGGGUUUUUCUGGAUUUCUGGAGGAAUUUUUGGGAAGAGGAGAAAGAACAGUCCCUGAGCAGUUAGUCUAAACCAGAUUGGCAAAACUUUAUUGGUGUCCACACAGGAUCUCCAUGAGGCAAUCCAUCACACAGGGUAAAAUUCCAAUAAAUAAAUAAGGAUUUACAAAAGGGCCUGGGAGGAGCAGGUGGGGCCGGGAAAGGCUAAAACAGGGAGUGCCAGGAAUUCAGUUCUCUGACACACAGUAAGGAAGGAAUUUGUGAUAAGAUAAAACUCCGCAGUGGGAAUUUGAGGUCAGGGGAAGGAGGAGAUUUUGGGGAUGUGGUGGCAAAACCUCGGAUCCACCCAGGAAUGAGCAGAGGUUUGAGCUGGAUAACAAGGAAAGAUCCAUGGGAAGCAGAUUCUGCAGGUGAAAUGAUGCCUCAGCAAAGUCUUUCCACACUCAAACCUUAUCCUUUCUUUCCCUUCCUUUUCCUUGGAUAUUUUCCACAGUGACACCUUUAUAUUUCGAUAUCUCUUUCUGGAUAAUCACGGAUAAUUAUGGGUAAUCACAACAGCUCCCUCCUUCCCACUGCAGCCAAACUGUCCUAAAAUAAACCUGGCACAUCCACAGA